AUUCGAGUUUGCUAAAUAGGUGUACGUUUUGUGCAGACAGGCACGGUAUCGGCGGCGGGUGCCAGACCCGAUCCGUCAGCUCGAUAUAUAUCGGUGCCGGUGCGGCAUGAUGGAAAACGGACUAACCUGAUGAGGAAAUUGCCUACUUUUCAAGCAAGAUUUUCAGUUGCUGAACACCUUUGAGGCAAAAGACCAAAAUACAACCAGAGAUCAGUGUAUACAACCUGAGUGCCCUAACCCCUUGCAAAUAUGUAUGGGCACAGGGACGUACGCAUCCUACUGAUUGGAGACUCUGGGGUUGGAAAAACAUCACUUAUCCUUACCCUUGUUAGUGAUGAGUUUCCAGAAGAUGAGCAGGUACCUGCUAGGGCAGAAGAGAUCACGAUCCCCCCAGAUGUAACACCAGAGAAAGUCCCCACUCACAUUGUGGACUUUUCAUCACGAGAACAGAAUGAUGAGAUCCUCAUGGAAGAGAUUGCCAGGGCUGAUGUGAUCUGCAUAGUGUACGCUGUCAAUCAUCGUGAGAGUAUUGACAGCAUCACUGACUACUGGUUGCCUCUUGUCAGAAACACCCUUGGAGCGGACCACACCACCCCAAUCAUCCUGGUUGGUAACAAGUCAGAUCAGGCAGAUGCCAACAGCUUGGAGAGUGUGGUGCCUAUCAUGAAUGAUUACUCGGAAAUUGAGACAUGCGUUGAGUGUUCAUCUAGGAAUCUGAAGAACAUAUCUGAGGUGUUUUUCUAUGCCCAGAAGGCUGUGCUCCACCCAACAGGCCCUCUGUAUUCAGCAGAGGACAAAGAGCUUAAACCAGAAUGCAAGAGAGCACUGUCCAGGAUAUUCACGAUAUGUGAUCUGGAUAAUGAUGGCGUGCUCAAUGAUUAUGAGCUCAAUCUGUUCCAGAGACGAUGUUUUAAUGCACCUUUACAGCCUCAAGCCCUGGAUGAUGUCAAGGCUGUCGUUAGGAAAAACAUCCCAGAGGGAGUUGUCAACAAUGGACUUUCACAAAUAGGAUUUUUAUUCCUGCAUACACUAUUCAUCCAGCGCGGUCGGCACGAGACCACAUGGACUGUACUUAGGAAGUUUGGCUACACGGAUCACCUCAAACUCACAGCUGACUACCUGCGCCCGAGGUUACGAGUUGGUCGAGGCAGUUCCACCGAGCUAAGCCAUUUGGGGUAUCAAUUCCUCACUUCACUCUUUGAAAAAUAUGAUCAGGACAAAGAUGGUGCCUUAUCGCCAACUGAGCUGCAAAACUUCUUUCAGACAUGUCCCAUCAUGCCAUGGGGCUCUGAUGUCAACAUGACAGUCAGCACCAAUGAGAAAGGAUGGAUAACACUGCAGGGUUGCUUGGCACAGUGGACGCUCACAACCCUUCUGGAUGUCUCUCGUACCCUGGAGUAUCUAGCCUACUUUGGAUACCGAUAUGUCAUGGCAGAGCAUGAGAACCAACUCUCAGCUAUUAUUGUGUCCAGAGCAAAGAAGAUUGACCUGGAGAAACGCCAAACUUCUCGCAAUGUGUUCCAGUGCAAUGUGAUUGGUCCACGGGGUGCUGGUAAGACGGCAUUCCUUCAGGGAUUGGUCAAUCGUACUGUGGACUCCACCUCCCAUUCAAUGAAGGAACACCUGUCGGCCUACACUAUCAAUACAGUACAGGUGUACGGCCAGGAGAAGUACCUCUUGCUACACGAGAUUGAUGUAGGACUUCAAGAUGAACUUACAUCUGAGGACUUGGAGUGUGACGUGGUUUGCCUUAUGUAUGACAUUUCGGACCCAAGAAGUUUUGAAUAUUGUGCCAAGAGUUACAAGCAACACUUUGAGAACAGCAGCAUCCCCUGCUUGUUUGUUGCCUCCAAAAGUGACAUGCAUCCAGUUCGGCAGAAUUACACCCUUCAGCCAUCCCAGUUCUGUGCCAGUCACAACCUACCGCCUCCCCAGACCUACUCUAGCAAGGGAAGGCCCAAUAAAGACAUCUACACCAAGCUGGCUACACUGGCUGCCUAUCCUCUUGUUAAGGGGGUUCUAGUGGAGCACCCUGCUGCCCUGUGGAUCAGAGACAAGCUGAUGCUAGCCUCCGGCCCUCUUGCCUCAAGGCAUCUGAAAGGAGUGUCCCAAGAAUCUCACUCCGUCUGGCUCAAGGUUGGCAUCUGUGCAGCUGUGGUGGCCAUCGGAGGCGUAGUGUUCUACAGAUACUACAAGAGCCAAUGAUAGAAGGUGUGCAAAAUUAUUUAGAGUCACUGUGUACAAAAAGUGAAGCAAUUUAUAAAAGAAAUGGAAGUUAAGAGAUAGGGCAGUUUGAUGAGGAAGUUGGGACAAUCCUUCCCUUGAAGGCCGGUUCAUACUUCAGGAAAAUGCAAAAGCAAAGCAGAUUUGACAUCACAAAACAUUUGCAGUGAAAUUGGCAUGAAUUUGAUGUCUUCAACUUUUACAAAUACACAGCACAAAUAUUUGAUCUGACGUCACAAUUUUGGUACUUUUAUACCAAGUGUGAACUGGCCUUUAGAUGGUGAAUAUGUAUACUUUUGUAUUACAUUUUAAUAAAAUGGGCAGAACCACAGCUGUAAAUAGGGGGAACUGCUUCUGGCUUGAAGAUAUCUCAUAACAAUGUUGAUCAAGACCCCUCCACACCCAUGCACAUAACUCAGAUGUUAUAGGUUUUCUGCCAUAUUCAGGUACUACACAUGAAAUGUCACUGAUGUGAGAGUGUUUAGGAUCCAAAUUUCCCCAUGUUUACAGUGUGGUACUGAGAGGGUCAAAGAAGUGUCAAAGUUUGUUCUUUGGCUGGUAUCUGACUCUGAAAGAGAUGUUACAAAGAUUUCAGUUUUAAUAUUUUUUCCCAAGGGAUUUCUGUUACGGAAAGCAUGUAGCAAUUUGAAAAAAUACCUUUGAUACGUCAGUCGGUAUUAAUUCAUCCUGAGCAUGAUGUGGCAAGAGUUGCAUGUCAAAUUUGCAUUAUGUACAAAGAGAAUGGUUUGUCUACAUCUGCACAUCUCUAGGUAUUUAUUUUGGAAAACACAGCAGUAAAAUAGUGGUCAGCAGUUUCCACUAGGUCGACCACUGAAGUUGUUGAUGUCAAUCAUCGGUAAAAGGUGUAACAGUGGGCAGACUUUUUAAAUGGAAAUUGUCUUCACUUCUAUUAGGUUGUUGAAGGUGGGGACGGGGAAUGAAGUGGAUUUGGCAUGAUAAACUACCACAGUGCUGAAUUAUUCUUAAAUUAUCACAGUCUGAAUGGUAUUUAUUGAAUCAGAGUUUGCAUGGAUCAUUUCUUAAAGUAUAUUGGUACAUCUCAACCAGUCUUGAUUCAGCAGACAACCCAAGUGGAUCCUGACUGCAGAGGGUGUGCUUCUAUUUGUCAUGUUUCAGUGGCACUGAUAGAGGUGAAAACUAGGAAAUUAGUGAGUUGCAUGCCUCUGUAGGAGAGUGUUCUUGUGUCUAUAGUCUUUUUAUUUGGGGAUCACUGGCAACAAAAUUUUUAAAGGCUCAACAGAAAGGGGAGUAAAUGUAUUCCAUUCCAAGUGGACAUAAGCUAAUGUUCCAAUUGUAACUGAUCCAGAGCCAUCACAGUAUACGUGAUAAAAUCAACUUUCAUAACUACUGUAGUUACCUGGAAACCAUGUUGAUCUCCUGUUCUGUUUAUACUUUUUAACCUUCCUGAUGGUCAGUUUAGUUUCUUUGGUACCCCCUAAGAUAUACAACCACACAAGCAUAUUUCUUUCUGUUUGCCCAAAACUUAAUGUCAACAAAUUGAUUUCACUCUGAUAUAACAUUUGGACUUUGUGUUGAUUCAACUUUUUUUAUUUACAAAGUCAAUAGAUUUACCUUUUGCCCAGUGUAGUCCAUGCAUUGACAAUGGCUUUGUACAUACAUCAUCGUCAUUUUGAAUGGAAUAUCGGAAAUGUGAGUUUUUGGUGGCAUGGCAAUUUUUGACAUAUAUGCAACAUUCUUCAACUGGUUUGGUUGUGGUUAGAUGACUGAUAUUUGUGUAUGUAAAGAAAUAAACGUGCACAGGUCAGUGUAAUUUUUAGAGAUUCGCCAAGUGAACGAUUGAACUAGAAACCCCAGUGUCUUCACCUAUCUGCUCUGAGCAGAAACAAAAGAGGGCAUGUUUUGAAUGAAUUUGACAGUCUUUUAGUACUCACUGCAUAGGCGCGCAAGUUUACGUGCUUUUGAUGCAGAGCACGCUGAGUACGCACAACAAACUUAGUGUGGGAUGUGUGGUCUUCGUGUGCACGCUAAACAAUGUGCAAGAACCCGGUUGGAAAACUUUAACCAUCUGUCUUUCUUUGGCCGGUGAGGGUGCACUUCAGCUCAGGGCGGAUAUCAAGGCUCCUGUACAAAUGGUUAACCCUGCACCUCCAGUUACCAUUAAUUUCAAUAAGAGGUGGCUUUAUCAGAAUGGUUCAUUUUGUUCACAUUUUUGCAUUAAUCCAGUUAAUGUUUUGAAGAUAAAAUAAACCAUAUUUCUUCAAAUAA